AUGCUCUUCCCCCAGUUUGGGACUCAAUCCGAUAUUGAUUGGUCCAUGAAAUUGGACAAUUCUGGUUUGUACGAAGUUCGUUCUGAAAUGGAGUGGUUUGUGUAUUGCAUAGUUUUAGCAUUCGAUUUCUCUCAAAACUCACCAAAUGACUCCUCCCACAACAUUAUGAUGUUGCUCAAGUUUUGGACUCAAUCCGAUAUCGAGUGA